AUGGUCUACUGUCAAGCUUUCGGUUGCAAUAAUACUACAAAUACUGGGUGUAAAAAGCAUGGAGUAAGCUUCCAUGCUAUUCCAGAUCCUCUUAAAAGGCCAGAGGAAUGUAGGAAAUGGAUUGCUGCACUCAAAGUUGAGAAAUUUGACUUCAAACCCUACAGGUUUAACAGGAGCAAUGUGGUGUGCAGCGAGCACUUCGUGGAGAGCGAUUUUGUGGAGGACCUCCGAGCAAAGUUGAUGGGAUCCAAGGAAAAGAAGAGGCUGAAAGAUGGUGCCAUACCCUCAGUUUUCGAUUAUAGGCCUUUGCCUAAACGAAGAAGACUGUCAGAAGAUAGGGACGCCAAAGUGACAGCGAAAAGGUACCUGCAGUCAGUUCUGGAAGAACCUGUAUUGGAGGAAUCAGUUCCAAGCAGCAGUUCAACUUCAUCAAGUUUCAAGGCAUCUUCUUCAGCGUCAAAAUAUCCCGAGUUGCUUGACACCAAUCUUGCCUUUCAUGAGGAACCUGAUUCCAUCUCAGAUGUACAUGAUCCCACUGCUUCAGAUGUACAUCUACAAGCAGGAAGCCAUGAAAAACGUUACAAGUCAAGGCGGCGGCGGAAACGAAAGAAGAUUUCUUCAGAUGAUGAUAAAGGAGAUCUGGUUAAAGUUCAUGCAAGCUGCCAAACAUUCCACUCAGGUGUAAAGAUGACACAAGACAACUUUACACAAUGUCCAGAAGACUUCUCAUAUGUCACUGAUGAGCACAAGUACUCGUGUGGAAGCACCCAACUCCUGAAACCAGUCAUCUCAUUCUCAGCUGUAUCACAGCCUUUUGCAGCUCAAGAGCAUAGCCAUCCGUCAACUCCAGAAGAAGAACCAGAAUUUCAACAUGUAUCUGCACGUCUCCCUUUGACAAAUCACUCCCCUACACCAUCUGAACCCAGAUCAGCAACGUCUCAUCUGCAAGAAGUAUCAGAUCAAACAGAAGAUACAACAGUCAGUCCAGCAACUCCAACAGAGCCAAUGGAUACAGCAGAUUCACCAGCCAGUCCUGUCUCAUCUGAUUUUGAAAGUAAGAAGAACUCCAGUGAUUCAUCUUAUGAACCAUCAUCCGAAGAGAGUUCUUCAUCUGACUCAGAUGAUGAUGAGCCAGAUGAGCUUAGGUUCUGCAAGGAUAGGAAAUUUGUUGUGUUUGAAUCUCAGCUGAACACCCUUCUGUAUAGUAUGCAUUGCAAUGCUUGUGCUACUGGAUACAUUGCAGAGUUGAAGAAGCAAUGUGUGGGGACAAUGCUGAAGGUUGAUGUUAUCUGUAUCUGUGGUAAUAUUGUUACCAAGUGGGUGUCUCAACCCACUAUCGGACGUCAACCUGUUGGAAAUAUCCUAUUUUCAGCAGCUCUUCUCUUGAGUGGCAGCUCCUAUGAAAAAGUGUCAUUUUUCUGGGAGCUCUUUAAUAUCCAGUACAUUUCACAAAAAACGCACAAUGAAACCCAGAGCAACAUACUACAGCCAGUCAUCAAUACGUAUUAUGAACAAGAGAUAGAAGAACAACAGCAACAUGCUAGAGGGGAGCCAGUGACGGUAAUUGGUGAUGGAAGGUGUGAUUCACCUGGCUAUAGUGCCAAAUUUUGUACAUACACAAUGAUGAACAUGAAAACCAACAAGAUUCUGGGGAUGGCCUUGGUUUCAGUGAAAGAAGCAACAAGCUCCGUUGGAAUGGAGAAAAUCGGAUGCAGGAGAGUUAUGGAUAACUUACUAGAGAAUGGGAUUGAUGUCGCGGUGUUUGCUACAGACAGGCAUGUGGGCAUUCGCAAAAUGAUGAAGGAUGACUUUCCAUGGAUUGACCAUCAGUUCGAUGUUUGGCAUCUUGGGAAAUCAUUCCAGAAGAGGUUAUUAGCCAAGGCAAAGCUGAAGAACUGUGAAGAUCUUGGGCCUUGGAUCAGAGCAACGUCAAACCAUCUUUGGUGGUCAACACAAAACUGUGAGGAAGACCCAGUUAUGUUGGUGGAGAUGUUCCAGUCCAUGACCCAUCAUGUGUGCGAUGUACAUUCUUGGAUUUCAGGUGAUAAGUUUCACAAGUGCGCUCAUGAGGAACUGUCUGUCGAAGAUGAAGAAGAGACAAAGUGGUUGACACCUGGGUCAAAAUCACAUGAAUCUCUCCAGUCAGUCCUUUUUGACAAAAGGCUAGUAAAAGACAUAAAGCAGCUAUCAAAAGCUUGUCACACUGGGGAAUUGGAAGUGUUCCAUAACCUCUACCUGAAGUAUUGCCCAAAGAGACAGCAUUUCUUCUAUCCCGCCAUGCUAGCUCGCACCCAGUUGGCGGUACUAGACCACAACUUCAACACUGGUAGGAAACAAGCAACAAUAAAAAAGCCAAGAAAAGGGUCCGGCCAGAAGGGUGCUCUCCGGUACAAGUAUGCCUACUCCAAAGCAACCAAAACUUGGAUUGUACGGAAGGUUCCAGAGGAUAAGGAAUACACCUACUUGUGGGACAUCUUAGUGGGUUGUCUGCAGAUGAAGAGUGGCAACUUCGAAGUUCAACCUGCUAACAUACCACACCUUCCUCAAAACAUAGCCCCUGUCCCAAGACCACCACAAGAAGAUCUGCUCGCUCAUUUUACCACUCGAUUUGCCAAAUAAAAGAAUGGAUCAAAGUCUUCAUGGAUCAUUACGGAUGCUACAUGUACAAGCGACAAUAUUAGGAGUGAAGAUCUACAUUUUCUGGCAUGUUAUUCAAGAGACAUUUUGAACAUGAAAUUCAUGAAAUCUCAGUUGGUUGACAAUUCCCGGAAGGGUAGGGGUGUUAAGCUGUAAUGUUAAAGAUUUCAGUAGAGUGAGAAUGGCUAUAAAUUGUGUUUUUAUUUCAAGUUAUUAGUCAUUUUGAAAAAUUUUGCUUGUUUUUCUUUUUUUAACAGUUAUAUUUUGUUCAAUGGUGGAAACCAUCUAUUUACCAGUGAUAAAAAAACAUCGACAUUAGAAUUGGUGAGCAAAUUUAAAAACUAUGGCAUUAUUAGUUUGAGGUAUGAUGAUAAUUUGUGUCAUGAGUUGCCAGUAUGUCCAUGUUACUUUGUUCGCAAAAGUGUACCAUUGAUUUUUUAAUAAAAUGACAGAUAUGUGAGGACCUGAUGAAACAAAUUUUCCAUCUAUUGACAGAAUUUAAAAUUACCAAAGUAUAGAGAAUUCACUCUGAAGAACCAGAAUGUUUUUGAUGAGGUUUCCAUGGCGGUAUGGACAAUCACAGAAUUGGGUUACCAGUGAUCAAAAAACAUCAUCGACCUUAGACAUGGUGAGCAAAUUUUAAAACUAUGGCAUUAUUAGUUUGAGGUAUGAUGAUAAUUUGUGUCAUCAUGUGGGUUAGCAACAGACUAAGAAAAUAGAGGUACAUGUAGAGGUGAAAUGGAAAAGUGAGAAAGUGGAAGGUUGGAAGAAUAUCUUUCAGAAAUUAGUGUACAUGUAGUCUGUAUAAAGGGACUUGAACUCAGACAAAGUUGAGAGCCUCUAGGAGCAGCAGAGAUAACAAAUUUCUGCAUAUAUAUUUGCAUUUGACCCAUUACAUAACUCUCCAAUCGAAUACAUGGAAAUUAUUAAAAGUUAUUAUGAGUUUGAAAGUCUGAAGCAUGGCAACAGAUGUUUUAUUUCAGGAUUUACAUCUUGUGGUACAGACAAUCAAUGAAAUUUUAUGUUAAAAUUUCCAUGCCAAAAUUUGCAAGAAGUAGAAACAGUUUCUAGUCGGUCUCAAACUGUUUUGUGUGAUUUUUAAUAGACAGUAUAUGGUUGACUGCACUACCCAUAUUCUUUGAAAGUGUAAACAGAAGAAAUAUUGUAUAUAUGUAGUAUUUUCAUUUUUUUUUUCAUUGAUGUUUUUGAAGUAUUUUUUCUGUUCAAUGUAUUACCCGUCAGUGUGAUUGCAGGGCUGUAAACUUGUUAACAUUUAGCAUGAACCCUUGAACUAUCUCUACAUAAAGAAAGGAAAUGGAUAUAUGCAAAAAAAAGAAAAAGACCCGCCUGGGUAAUCUGCACUUUCCCAUUUGUAGCUGGUUGUGCAUGAAGUUUUACACAAAGUAUGUGUACAUGUAUUUGAGAAUUGGCAUUUUCAGUGAGAACUGAAAUGUAAGAGCAUUGAUAGAACUUGUGCAUUUACAGUAUGAGACUGCAUCAAAUUUCCCAGUUGGUGUGUUAUACCUCAGUUUCAUCAAUGUUACAUGUACGUCUCUGAGCUAAGAACUCUGAUAUAAUAGUAUUGCCCUGACAUUAGCAGGACUGAGCUAAGGGAUAUAUUUCGUUAUACUUCAAAUACAGUAAAUUAAUGAUACAUGUACAUGUACUAAAUUUUAUUAGUAAUAUCCAUUCAUAACAUCUGGCUGAAAAACAUUAGAGUGGAAUGUAAUUUGUAAAAUUAAAUGGUGACAAAUUUUGAGAUAUUGGAUUCAAGCUUAAGACAUUUCAUUUAGCACUUCAUCCAUGUGUUUGUUUUUCUUCAGAAUUCUGUUGAAAUAUGUAAAUUUCCCUAUUUUCUUCAUCAAAAGUUCUAAGCUCACAAUGUUAUAUAAAUUCAUUGUUGGCCUCAAUUACAUGAACAUAAUUCUUUGUCUCAUUCAUGUAUGAUUUUUAACACAUUGUAUAUUGUGAGUGGGUUAUUAUUGUACGGUUAAAAGUUGUGAAUGUUACUGGUACAUGUAAUUAUAUGCUAUAUUUAUAUGUAGACUUCCUAUAAUUCAAAUCUUAUGAAAAUAUACAUGUUUGUUUAACGCUUUGUUUUUUUUCGGGGGGGGGGGGGAGUUCCAGGCAGGCCAAAAUGAUUUCCAGUAGAUGUACAUGUGUAUAACCAAUGUAUUGUCUCGUCAGCAGGGAUAUCUUGUUCUGUGGUUCACACAGUUAGGGACAGUGAUUUUGCGUUUACUAUACUGGUAAAUCAAAACGGAAAUAAUCUGUUUUAUUUCCAUACUUUUCAUGUGAACAUCCAAUGAAUUUUAGUUUUGCAAAAUGGAAUGAACAUUUUUGCUGUGUACAUAUUCUAUGACAAAAUGGAAUUUCCAUUUUCUACCAAGUUUGAAACGGAAUUACAUGUUUUCAGAAACGGAAAGGACCAUUUUUUGAAACAGAAAAUCACUGUUUCCUACAUGUGCACUGUACUUAUUCUUUUCUCAAUGGUUCAAACAAAAGCAUGACCAUGUGUGGAUAGCAUUUCAUAUUUACUUAAGCGCUUUGUUCUACUUCUUGUUUGUACAAACACUGGUUUAAGGAGUUACAUAGUAAUGAGCUAAUAUUUACAUGAAUUGUGGUAUGGAUUUUGAUUAAUCAUUGUUCAUGUCGUGUUUUUUUUAGAGUGUAGAGAAAAGUUAUUAUGUCAUCCUUUACAUGUAUUUCACUAUGAUAUGCCCUACAUUAGUGGUUAUUUAACAGAAAUAAACUUAUGUUGGAUUAAUAAA